AGGGGACUCGCCGGAGUCUUUGAACUUCUCUGUUGGAAAUGAUCCUAACACAAGGCUGGAGGGAAGAGGUAAUAAGUGCAGCAGGUAGGACCAGGGCCCGUCACCGCUUCCCUGAGCGUUGCCACAUCUCUCCCAGGAUGUCCACCUAAUACAAGUAGCGGGUUCUUCUAGCUCUUGUUUCCACUUCGGUAUUCGUCCGUGUUUUAAAAACGUCUGGUUGGCUGUGACUUCUGCAUUCCAGGGUGGGCCGCAGCAGCAUGGCGUCUGUGCUGGUGCGGAAGGUGCUGGUGUCAGCCCUGAGCCCGCUGCCCCGGCUGAGCCCGCACCUGGCGAUGCCCCGAGCGCUCUCCACUCUCCUGCCUGGACCCUUUCGCGCUGCCGGUGCCACUGGUACGAAGUUCACGGUGUGGGGGCUCAUGGGCCCCGUGCCCCUGCCCGGCCCCCUGCUGCCAGGCCUGCAGCCUGCCCUGGGGUUCAAGACCAAGGGUGUCAUCAAGGAGCGCUGCCGGGACUGUUACCGCGUGAAGAGGCGAGGGCGCUGGUACAUCUACUGCAAGACCAACCCGAAGCACAAGCAGCGACAGAUGUAGUUCCGGUCGCUAAAAUAACGUGCAAAGUUGCAUCACUUCUUGGAAAAAUGGUACCACCUACUGAAAGAAAAAUAAAAUUUACACACGCGGCCUAA